CGUUAUUACCAGCAAACACCUAUGGCAAUAAUGAGCUAAGAGCUAACAUCAACUACGAGGCUGCAUGGCUGUUCACUCGUUUAGUUUAAAAUGUGCCAAAGUCCGUUUUAUUGUUGAAUAGUCAGUCUUUUUUACUGCAAUUUGAAGGGAAACUAACUCAGCCCAAGGGUAAACUCGAUGAACAUGUCCCUGGCUCAGCGUGUGCUCCUGUCCUGGAUCUUUGCCUUGGUCUUCCUCAUCAUGCUGGUCCUCAAACUGGACUCCAAAAUCCACUGGAACUGGUUCCUGAUUUUCCUCCCUGUCUGGACCUUUGACACCAUCCUCUUCCUCAUGCUGGUGGUGGAGAUGGCAGGUCGCUGCAAACCAGACUUCCACCCCAGAGACGGGGAGCUGGGUUUAACCAAGAGGCUGUGGGACCUGACAGCUCUGCUGCUGAAGCUGGGCUUCUGUUUGACACUGUGCUCUCACCUGGAGAAGCUCACCGACACCUUUGUGAGUGUGGUGUGUGCUCCUCUGUGGCUGCUGCUGGGCGGAGCGCUGCUGGAGCUGGCACACAGUGUGUUUUUCUACCAGAGUGACUAAACUGGAGGAUUUCUAUGCUAAAAUAUCAUACAUGGGAUUAGAACUGUGAAUAUAAAGUCACCUCUGACUGACUGAGGAUUCCCCACUGAAAGCUAUGAACCUUUGAAAGUUUGUUUUUAAAUAGAAACUGCUGAGUUACUGCCCACAAAGUCACUACAGGUUGCAGACCCAUUGGGUUAGGAUCCCAGUGAAUUUUACUGUAUCACAAGAUGGGCAUCCUUGAAAAUAAAACAAGGUAUCACUUUGCGUUGCUGAUCCACAAUGCUGGUUUUUGACUCAAUUGUAAAGAAAUAAAUUAAUCAAAAUAAUACCAAGUGGGACUUUGGUCUACUGUGGCCUGCCAUCCCGGUUCCUCUGGAUUUAAUCCUGAUUUCCAGGCCAACUUUGGUGCAUGUUGUUCUUGAAACUGGAGAACUGGUGCAUGUAUACAACUUUCACAAAAUGUUUGACAAUUCACUUUUCCCCCCCCCCCAUCAGCUGCAUUACAUGUCUCUGAGCCAUAUAUUUGUGAACUGCAUUUUGUAAAAAAAAUGUGGUUAUAAUUGACGGAUGGAUAAUGCAGUCUUGGACAGCAAAUGUUACACUUGAAACCAAAAAGCCCCUAAAAAUAGGGUUCAUGCAUAUUAGAGUUGUAAUUAUUAAACAUGGUUUAGAUAUGAAUAUCCUAAAAUUCCAGCAAUGGGUCAUAACAUAUAUUCAAUAAACAUCAACAGUUUUUGUGUUGAAAAUAGACAAUUUUACAAUAUAAAACCUUACCUGCAGUUACUAAUGUUGUUAAACUCAACUUUUAAAAUGGCUAUUCCAGUUUUAACCUGCAUUUAUAUUUCGUUAGUAUGGCAGAUACAUUCAUCUAAAAUAUUGUUUGCAGCAUCCUCAGCUUCAGAGCAUACACUGUAACAUCAGUCGAGAGAUUUCAGCUUGAGGUGUAGUAAUAAAAAAUGUAUAAAAAAUAUUUAACUCUAGCGCCUGAGACCUGACUGUUGAUGUUGUGUGCCCUUAUAGAGAAAUGAAAAUAUAUCUUUGUGGCUAUUGUAGUCAUUGAAGCUGCUAAAAGACAUCAAAACAUUAAUAAAAAAAGAGACAUUCAUUUUUGACUUAAGUCAACAUUUUGAACCAUUUAUUGAGAGGUUCUGAUCAGAGUAUAAAUCACACUACCAAGUCUUAAUCUUAGGAAAUAAAAUGUAUUUACAACAAAAUUUUCACAUACAUUGGUUCUCAAAUAAAAACAG